AUGGCUAGUAACAGAAAAGGGGUCGGACUGUCGGCCUUCUCGCGCAACGCCCUUACUUCAGACCAUUAUGCCUCUCAUGGUGCUGCCCUACGAUCUGCCCACGCCGACUCCCUAGCAAAUCAACUCUCAGUCUUCCAAGCUGCUCUCCAUUCCUUCUCUCUCACUCAUGGAGCGGAAAUUCGUUCAAAUCCAACCUUCAGAGCCGAGUUUGCUCGCAUGUGUAAUGCAAUCGGAGUCGAUCCGCUCGCCAGCUCAAAUCACAAGACUUCCAAAGGCGGCAAGAACGAAGGCGGAAGCUUCUGGUCGCAGAUGCUUGGAGGCAGUGUUAACGACUUUUACUUUGAACUUGCUGUCCGCGUCGUCGAGGUCUGUCGCGAAACUCGAGCGGAGAAUGGCGGCAUGAUCGAAGUACUUCAAGUGCGAAAACGAGUUGAAAAAGGGCGAGGCAUUGGUGGAGGACUUCAAGUAUCCGAUGAUGACAUUCUUCGCGCUGUCAAGUCACUAGAACCCCUUGGUUCUGGUUUCACUGUGAUGAAGAUCGGCUCAAAGCAGAUGAUUCGGUCUGUCCCAAAGGAACUCAAUACUGACCAGUCGACCGUCCUCGAGGCCAUACAAGUGCUUGGAUACGUAACUGUUUCCAUGCUUCAACUGAAUUUAGGUUGGGAACGCGCACGAGCCGUCGCCGUCAUUGAUGAUCUUGUUGCCGAUUCCCUGGUCUGGGUAGACGCUCAAGCAGAAGAGAAAGAGUAUUGGAGUCCAGCUCUCAUGCAUGAGAUCGGUGGCGACUGA